GGUUAUGUAUCCUAAAUCACACUGUUGUACUACUCCACAUUAACUACCUCGCCAAGGCGGAUCCCCUUCUCCAAAGGCUAAACCCCCAACAUCAGCUCGUUCAAUCCGUACAAAGCCACUUCCGCAUCAAAUUAUUUGGGCGUAGGCUUCAAACAUGACCAUCGCAAACCCCGAAUCCCUCUUCUGGAGACCAAGAUGAGCAGCGGCAGCGGCAGCAGCAGCUCGUCGCCGACCAAGGCGCGUCACCAGCUCCGGCCACCCCAUCCCAACGGCCAUCUCCACCGCUCCUCUCGCCCACACUCCCGCACCUCUUCGCCCAACCCUCCGCCAUCGCCGCGCCUGCACCCGCUCCCGCCGCCGCUGCUUCUGACCAUCCGCUUCUCCAACGGCCUGCCAGACCUUCACCUCGACAUCCAGAGGCCCACCACCACCCCCGUCAUCGCCCUCAAGCACCUGAUCCGCUCGCGCCUCGAGGAGCCCACCUCGCAGCGCCGCCUGCGCUUCAUCAACGCCGGUCGCAUCCUCCCCGACGAUGCCGCUCUCUCCGCCGUCCUAAAGCCCCUGCCGGCCUUGCCGCCGCCGCCGCCGCCCCCGGCAAGCGGCAAGGGCAAGGCUGUCGAGGGCGCCGCCCCGGCCCCGCCGCGCGUCUACGUCAACUGCUCCAUCGGCGACCUGCUGACCGACAAAGAGCUGGCCGCCGAGGCCGAGGCCGCCACGGUAAAGAUGAACACAGCGCCCUCGUCUCCGACCGGUCCGCUGUCGCCAUCUCCAUUUUCCUCUACCGGGGAGCGCACAGGCCUGCUUCUCGAUGCUUCCCAUGGGGCCGGGGGCCAGCAGCAACAGCAACAGCAGCGUGGGCCCCGGGGCUUUGAUCGUCUGCUGUCGGCCGGUUUUAGCCACGCAGAAGUGAACCAGCUCCGACUGCAGUUCCGCUCCAUCCAAUCUUCGCGUCACACGCCAGAUACGAUGCCUUCGCCCGACACGUUGCGCAGCAUGGAAGACGCGUGGAUGGACAACAACCAGGGUACCGGUGGAGGCGGAGGUGGUAUGGGCAGCUACGGCGGGGGAGGCGAUGCUGACGGCUUAGCAGGUGCCGAUGGCGGGGACGAGGUUGGCAUCAACGGCUUUGUGGAUGUCAUGCUCAGGGGCAUGCUCAUCGGCUUCGUCUGGCCGCUGGGUGCUUUUGGCUGGCUCGUGCGCGAGGAGGGGCUUUACAGUCGCAGGUGGAAGGUGUUUAUCAGUUUUGGCUGUCUCUUGAGUCUCAUCAUUGGAUUAAUUAGGUCGAUUUCGGGCGAGCAUGCAUGAUGGCGAUGGGGUCAUGGAAAGCGGCGCGUGGCGUUUUGGGACUGUUGUAGCAUAUCUUUGUCCGUUUUCGUCUGCAAAGGAUGGGAUCUUUGUAUCUACCCAUAUGUGUGCCUGGGGAAAGGCUAGUAUUGUGCGGUUGUAUUAUAAACCCAUUAAGAUCUUGGUACGUGAGCAAGUCGGAACAACAGAAACCGCCAUACUUCUCACAACACAAUACGACAACGACAGGCUUCAAACCCA